GCUUAAGCUACUGCCCGAGAUGCCAAGAGAUGAUGCGACGAGUCGAGGCCCUCUACAACAGAAGGCGUUUCGCGACCCAGUCGUCAGAUUUACUCGAAAUGUUCUCCUGUCCCCCUUGCACAGAUAUCGUGCGUAAGUUCCGUAAUUUCGCCGCCGGUACUUCCAUCAGAAAACAUGAUUCCGAGCUUAUACAUCUGCUGCGUCCCAUGGCGUCUGACAUAGAAUUCAAAUUAAAAAGAUUUUUCAGUGAAACUGGACUUUUUAAAACGGCAGGAGGAGGUUUAAAAGAUAAAGAUAUAAAUAUAAUAUAUAAAGAUCAGGGUUUUCAGGAUGAAGCCGGCAGUUUAAAAUAUCAGGAAGGAAUCAAUAACUAUGGACGAGUCAGGUUUAAAGAUAUAUACGGGAGUUUAAAAGAUGAGGAAGGAAUUAAUAAAGACGAAGGAAAAAGUUUUAUUGAUAAAGACGAGAGUGUAAAAUAUAAGGAAGGAAUAAGAAAAGAUACAGGAAAAGCGGCAUCAGGGGCGGCUUUAUCAUCAGAAAAAUUUGCAGGAAAGACACAAGGAAGAGAAGCUAAAAUGUUAAAAACAAGAAAUAUAGAAGAAACUACGGGGAAAAAAAUAGGAAAAGACGGUGCACAAGGGAGUGAAACCUCAAAACCGAGCAGUUUAAAAGAAACUACGGGAAAAGCGGGGAAAGCAAGAGAAAGACAAGAUACACAAGGAAGGAACGCUGAAACGUCAAAAACAAGCAAUUUAAAAGGAACUACGGGAAAAGCUAAAAGUGCUGAAGCGGCAUCCUCUAAAACUGAUGCAAUAAAUAAGGAUAUUAAAUUACGGAAAUCAAUAGGAGAGGGCAGCAAAGCCACAAAAAAAGCUGCCGUCAGUAACAAGGAAGAAAGUAAGCGAGGAAAACGAGAUGGCAUUAAAAAAGAUGAGGCUGAAAAAUUAAUGGUCAAGGCAUUGGCUGCAUCAAAAAAGGAAGAACGGAAUCUUAGCCCCAUUGACCGUAUGAUAAGGAAGAAAAUCGAUGAACAUAUGCAAAACGCACGUAAAGCUCACGAUGCGGUAGAGAAAGCGGCGCGUCAGGCGAGGGAAAAUGCUGAAAAGGUGAGGCAGUUGAAUGAUGAAAGAAUGCAUCUGCUUAUAGAUGCAGUGGGCGACAAAGAAAGUGUAGAUCGUACUGAGGAUGAAAUAGAAUGUCCCCAAUAUGAAGAACAGUAUGAUAUUAUAAGAGGAGACAAGAUAUAUAAGACGAGUAAAAGUGCGGCAGCAAAACAAGAGAAGGUAGAACCAGCAAUAGAGUUGCAGCCGGUAAAAUCUUGGAGUCCACCGCCUGUGAGCCCACCGUCAGUCGAAAAUAUAACGGCCCAGAGCCGGUCCAAACACGAUGGCGAUGGCGAUGGCGGGCUGAGGUACAGUUUGUCAGAACGGAGAUAUAUCGAUAAGGGCUGGACGAUACUGCCUACAGAAAUUGUUAUGCGGAAGGUAAAGUUGUGGGUAAUUGGUUAAUGAGUUUUUACCACGGACCUGGCGGCCUAGCUAAGGCUGCUAAGGUGACGAUCGCUUGCGCUUCGCCAUC